GAGGAGGAGGCGCAGACCCGGGACGGACGCGGCUUCGGACGGAUCCAGAGCUCCGAGUGGGAGGAAUGGGCUGCGGCCACAGCAAGAAGAAAAGCAAAGGGAAGAAGGGAGAGAAGAGACAGAACGGCAGCCGUCGAGAUGGAGGAGGUCAGCGAACGGCGGACGAGGCCGACGUCUGUCUGGAAAAACAGCUGGAACGCUUUGAGUGGCAGCUGAGGAUUUUAAAGGAAGUCCUCUCAGCCAAUGGGAACCCAGAGAGGGCGGAGCUUCUGAAAGGCCACGCAGACGAGGAGGUGUGCGCCCUCGUCCUGAGCAUCCUCGACAAGGUGAAGACGGAGACGACGGCCGACUUAAACGUCCUGUUUGAGCAGAAAAGUAAAGCGUCCAACGAUGAACACGAGAGACAAGUGGAAGAUCUGCAGAAGAAACACAGUCAAGAGAAAAUCAAACUGACGGAGACGUUUGAGGAAACGGAGAAGGUCCUGAAGGUGGAGGUGGACAGGCUGAGGUCGGAGGUGCAGAUCUAUAACCAGCUGAAACAGAGGGUGGAGGAGUCGACGUUUAAGAAGGAUCUGCAAAGGAACAUCCAGGCCCAUGGCAGCCCCGGUGCAUUCUGGGAGUCGGAGCAGGAGUCUCUGCUGUUUGUCAUCGAGAUGAAGACUGAGCGCGUGCAGGAGCAGAACAGGAAGCUGCGGCAGAUGGACGCUCUGAUGGAGAAGAACCUGUCUUUGGAGGACCAGAUCGUCCACAUCCUGCAGCAGAAUGAGGACCUCAGAGUCCGGAUCGACAAUUGCCAGAGUCUGAUUCAGCAGAUGUCGAAGGAGCAGCAGGACCUGAAGGCGGCGCUGGAGAGGCAGGUGGGCGCCAACCAGAGGCUUUCACAGGAGAAGGAGCAGCUGAUGUUCAAACUCCGACACCGGGACACGUGUCCGAGCCUCCACCUGCCGCCGCUGCUGCCGGAGAUCGCCCCCAGAUGAGGCCCCAACGGACCGGGACCGGGACGGGUACUGGUCGGACCGGGUGGAGGAGGAUCUAUUUAAACUCAGAGACAUCUGAAUCUGGAUGGCGACGGCGGCGGCGAAGCUUCCACCACGUUUCCCCAGUUGGAAACACGACGCCGUCACAGACACUGAACACAUGGACCCACGACUGUGGAGUGGAUUUACAACUGGACCAGAACCGGACCCAGGUCUGUCACCAAACACAACUGAAUAAGGGGGAAUUCUCCAAAUAAACCUGUUGUUUGAGCGUCUUGGCUCCGACGUGUCUGAAACUGAACUGAAACACGAACAUGAGGCUCCAGUGACGCUCUGAGGAAACGGUUCAGAGAAGAUGGUUCUAAGGAGAUGGUUCUGAGGAGAUGGUUCUGAGGAAACGGCUCUGAGGAAACGGCUCUGAGGAGACGGUUCUAAGGAGAUGGUUCUGAGGAAACGGUUCAGAGAAGAUGGUUCUGAGGAGACGGUUCUGAGGAAACGGUUCAGAGAAGAUGGUUCUAAGGAGAUGGUUCUGAGGAAACGGUUCAGAGAAGAUGGUUCUGAGGAGACGGCUCUGAGGAGACGGCUCUGAGGAGAUGGUUCUAAGGAGAUGGUUCUGAGGAGAUGGUUCUGAGGAGACGGUUCUGAGGAGACGGCUCUGAGGCUGUUAAUGUCUGUUUUCAGUUUCUGCGUGAGCUUCAUCGACCUGAUCCUGUUUCUACAACCAUCACGUCACAUUUUCUCUGAACUGUAGAUUUUUAAAAAAUUUUUUUGCAGAACUGAACUCGUUUUCCAACUGUACGACUUUUUCUACCAUCAGUGUUGAACAUUUGCGUCCGGGCUGUCGGACUGGUUUUAGUUCAGGUUCCACCUCCAGACCAGUAUGAUGUAAAGUGGGUCAGAACAUCCAGGUGGAUCAGCCGGAUGUUUGAACCUCUGCUUUACUUUAAGUGUUUUCAUCACUUAUUAUUAACUGGUUGUUUUCACUCUCGUGCCUCGACACUGUAGCAUCUACGAUCAAUAUCUGGUACAAAUACGUGUGAAAACCAUUGACAGACGGUAAAAGGUUCAGGUUUUUAGUCUGUUUUACUGUCGUCACUGCAGGAAAAAAACAAGACAAACAAAGAACGUUCAGAUAAAACACUUUAGUCUCAGUUGAUAAACGUUUAAGCAGUGGUUUUGGUUAAUGUUUUUAGAGAAUAAAACUGAGAAAUGAGACGAAAAAAGACAUAAAAGACAAAACUAGAUGAAAGAAAAGUCAGAUGUAAUAAAAUGAAAAAGAUAUGAAAGAAAAAAAUUUGGUUAAAGACAAAAUAGGAUAAAAAAACUAAGACGUAACAAGAUUAAAUUUAGGUAAAAGAUAAAAGAAGAAAAAUAAGACUUUAAAGAUGCAUAAAAGAACUAAAACACGACAAAAUAAAUGAUAUGAAUCAUAAAACUGAGCAAAAUUUGGUAAAAGAUGAAACGAGACGAAAAUAAAAAGAUGCGACAAGAAGAAAUUUAGGUAAAAAAAAAACAAAAUGAGCUGAAACACAAAAAGACGCAUUAACAUAAAAACAAUAUGAAAGAAUUAGGUUAAAGAUGAAACAAGAUUUAAAAAAAAAAAAGAAACUAAGACGCAACAAAAUGAUAUUUAGUUAAAAGAUAAAAGAAGAAAAACAGAACCUUUAAAGAUCCAUAAAAGAACUAAGACACAAAAUAAUUUGAAUCAAAACUGGAGCAAAAUUUGGUAAAAGAUGAAACAAGACAAAGAAAUUUAGGUUAAAAAAA